AGCUUAUCUGGAACAAAAGACAGCCCGGUUCAUCUCGUUUUCCGCUGGAUCAUUUCCAGGUCAUUUAGGGUGGAAUCAAGAUGGAAUCUUGAAAAACCACUCCAUCCCCAAGAAAUCGAAAGCCGGCAUCGAACCUCGAUGCCGAUCACAACGAGGACCUUGAAUUUUAUCCAUUUGGGUCAAUAAUCUGUUUCUUUGCCGAGAACGAAGAGAAACAAACGAGGUCAGAAGAAAACCCGUGUGGAGAUAACAUGGGCAAUCUGUGUUGCUGCAUCCAAGUUGAUCAAUCCACAGUAGCUAUCAGGGAGAGAUUUGGCAAGUUCGAUGACGUACUUCAACCGGGAUGCCAUUUCCUUCCCUGGUGUCUUGGAAGCCAGCUAGCGGGGCAUCUCUCACUUCGAGUGCAGCAGUUGGAUGUGCGAUGUGAAACUAAGACAAAAGACAAUGUCUUUGUCAAUGUUGUUGCAUCUAUCCAAUAUCGUGCCCUUGCAAAUCAGGCAAGUGAUGCCUUUUACAAACUUACCAACACAAAGGGUCAAAUUCAAGCCUAUGUUUUUGACGUGAUAAGAGCAAGUGUCCCAAGACUCAAUUUGGAUGAUGUUUUUGAGCAAAAAAAUGAAAUUGCCAAAGCAGUGGAAGAUGAACUUGAGAAGGCUAUGUCUACAUAUGGGUAUGAAAUUGUGCAAACGCUGAUUGUUGAUAUUGAACCAGAUGAGCAUGUAAAGCGAGCAAUGAAUGAGAUUAAUGCUGCUGCAAGACUAAGGCUAGCAGCUAAUGAGAAGGCUGAAGCAGAGAAGAUUCUGCAAAUCAAGAGAGCUGAAGGUGAGGCUGAGUCAAAGUACCUUUCUGGGCUUGGCAUUGCCCGCCAGCGUCAAGCUAUUGUGGAUGGUUUGAGAGAUAGCGUACUGGGCUUCUCGGAAAACGUGCCCGGGACCAGUGCCAAGGAUGUCAUGGACAUGGUUCUUGUCACCCAGUACUUCGACACCUUGAAGGAAAUUGGUGCUACAACUAAAACCUCUGCUGUGUUCAUUCCCCAUGGUCCCGGUGCCGUUCGCGAUGUUGCCUCUCAAAUUCGUGAGGGACUUCUUCAAGCUUCCUCCGUCAGCUAGUUGCACAUCAGAGUCUCCUCGAAAUGAAGAUGAUGCCCCAAAAAGGAAGGGGAGAAGCUUUCUUUUGGCUUUCUAAGUAUAUGUUUUCAUGUGAAUUUGCUGAUGAUGUCUUCUGAAUAUCCAUUUUGUUUACGUUUUAAAGUGAUGAUGUAAGCACUGUGUAUAUGAAUCUUGAAGGUGUUCCUAAAACAUAGUCUUCGUGCUUCUGCACAGACAUACUGUUUUAAGUUGCUUGUCUGACAAAUCAACUCGGAUUUGCCAUAAUCAAGGCUAGUGUCUUAAA